AUGAAGUUGGAUUCGGAGGAACUUCAGUCUCUAGCCGUCCCUACUACACGCAGGAGUAUUAGUGAUGAUGAGGAAGAUCUUCGUAAAUCCAUUGCUGACAUUUUCACAGAGGAUAGAUCUAAGGAGCACAUUUCCUCGAGUAGUGACCGGGAACGACACCGCAAGUAUCGUCAUUCUCGCCAUUCUUCCCAUUCCAGCCGGAAUCGUGGUGAGGAAGAGGGCAGAGAAUACAGAGAGUAUAGAGAGAACAGAGAGAGCAAACAUCGCUCAUACGAAUCCCAGGGGUCAAACUACCGCCGCUCUAUUCCUGACAGUGGUAGUUCUCGUCCUGGUUCUGGGUCGUCCAAGUUAGAUACGCCACCACGAACUCCUCGGCGGCGCCACAGCGGCGUUGUAGGCGAGGUUCCUGUGUCCUCCAGCCGGAGAUAUAGAACUCCAGAAGAGCAGGAGGCUCAUGAACAACGUGAACAACGCAGAGCUCAGCGUCGUGCUGCCCGAGAGGCUGAGCGAAUCGACAAACAAGAAGCGCCCGAGGCGGUCAACGAAGGGUAUGAAGGACACGAGCGGUAUGAGCAGCCUCAACGCUAUGAUGAGCGUCGUGAACGACGUGAGCACAACGAACACCGAGAACAACGUGACCAUCGUGAACGCAAUGAACGCUCUGACCGCCGUGACCGUUAUGAACGUCCCGAACGCACUCAGCGCACUGAGCGUUUUGAUCGGCCCGAGCGUUUCGAACAGCCUGAACCGCUCACCGACCGUGAAGUAAUGGACGAGGGCUAUGGCCGACCUGAGAAAUAUGAUCGGCGUGAACGACAUGAACGGCGAGAGCGCCGCGAACGCCGUGAGCGCCGUGAGCUCUACGAAAAGAACCUGGACCCUCAGCCCGAGCCCUUUCCGGCUGUUGACGAGUUCCAAGAUCCCGCACCGCCUCCGGCCCCUAUCCCCGCUCCCCCAGAGCGUAAGGGCAAAGAGGUGGGCUUUGACUUGCCGCCUGAAGAGAUCAAGCGCCAUCGUGGUCGCUCGUUCCGUCAACGUUCAGGCAACUCCGGCUUUGACUACCCACGGGGGUCACAGUCUCCCGAAAAGAAAUUCUUCGACAUGAAGAAUGCUCAGGGGGUGCUUCGCAAGUCAUCCUCGCCGCCACCUCCAGAUCAAUUCAUCUACGUGCCAGCUCGGGAUUCUUCUCUUCCCGAGGAGAUGCGGCCCAGAACACGCGACCGGGACGUUCCCCGGAUCCGUGAUCGCCGGCUGUCUGAGGUCACGUAUGAUAGACCUCGUGGGGGCCAUUUCGGGGACUCUCCUAGGCAAUCGGCGCCGCUCGACGAGGGCGACGAUUCUGCUCGGCGAGCCCGUCAUGAACGCAGGCGGAUGAGGGAGGCUAGGGAGCAGGAGAAGAAGUCGGGAGGACUCAAGGGGGUAUUCAAGAGACUGUUUAAUUGA